AUGGGUACAUCGUCACAAUCUGCCCGCAAAUUCUCGGGCGACGGGGUUGAGAGUGAACAGUGUCAGCCGAGUAAACUGAGCUGGUUCAGAGACCAAGUGGUUUUUCUCACCGGUGGUACAGGGGGUCUUGGGGGGUGUCUAGUUUAUAAGCUAGCUCUACAGCUCCCAACUAAGCGAAUAUUCGUUUUGUGUCGUACUUCCAAGGAUAGGGCUAUUGCACGAUGGAAGGAAACGAUGCCGACACAUUUUGAAUCCAUUCUAGCUACGGGGAAGAUCGUUUUCAUAGUGGGAGAUAUGACACAACAAAACUACGGAAUUUCGGAUGACGAUCUCGAGCGCUUAUGGAAAGAAGCUACCAUCAUUCUCAAUUGCGCUGCCAACAAAUCUUUCACGACGAACGCCUAUGAAGCCGUGACUGAAAACUGUCUUCCCGUGUUGAACUUAGCCAAAAUGGCAUCAAAAUUCUCACGACUUGUGAAGUUCAUUCACAUAUCUACCGCCUAUGUGAACAGUUUUCUACCUGAUGGUGUAGUACUUGAGCGCUCCUAUGACCCACCUACAGGCCAUCAAUGCCCUGAAGAGGAGCUAUCUCGUAUUCUUUCAGAAGGCAGUACUCCGGCAACAGCCACAUUUGCGUGGCCUUGUGCACAAGCUAAGCACCUAGCGGAUGAGCUCCUCAUCAACCGUCAUCCUGGCUUGCCCAUUAUGAUCAUACGGCCCAGCUUCAUGGGCCCGGCUAUUCAACACCCUUAUCCACUUUAUGACCCCACUAGCACCAAUCCAUUCGGCGUGCUCACAGAAAUGUAUCUACUGGGCGGAGGUGGGGACCGGGUUUGGCAUACUUUGCCUGGUCAGCCGAGUGCGACCAAUAUCUUCGAUGAAGUUCCUAUCGAUUUGGUCGCAAACGUCAUCUUGCUACACACAAUGUUACAGACGAAAGGAAUAGUUCAUGCCUGCGCGCAACUUCACGUUCAAUGCACAGGUGAUGAAUACAUUGCUCGUGCGAAACGCCAUGUUCCACACUUUUUGAGGAAGAAAAGGUCAUGUUUCAAAUUCAGCGAGGAUUUGAGUAUUCCACAGUGCCUAUUUGCAGAACUAUACCGCAUUGGUACACGGGAUUGGCGAUUUGAUUGCAGUCGAUCAAAACACCUGAAACAAGUCCAAGGAGCGUUGACUUUGAACUUGAAUGAACACGGCUUCGGGGAAUAUAUCGAGAAGAGGAUGAAGGAGAUUAUUGACCGCAUCCCUUUGGCUCUGGAACCUGUAACUUCGAGACUUUAG